CGAUGUAGACGUAGGAGUCACGUCUCCGUCUCCAAUCCGGAAAGCAAUGGCGGAUCAUGGGGCCUCUGUGCCCGGAAGUUAGCGUCCAACAUUAACAGCGGCGUUGUCCGGAAUCCGACUGCUCUUCAUGGUAAGACCCGCCCGUCAUAGCAUUCAAGUGCUGGGAUUGGCCCGCGUCGUGUCUACGGUCUAUGUUUACAGCGGAGGAACAGACGACUGAUGCACUUUGAAAGGCCAUUCUCUGCACAACUGAUUUUAUUUUAAAUUACAAUGUGAUACUAUAGCCCUUUAUUGGAUUACAAGCCACUAAAUAGAAUAAUUUAGAGAAUGUUAACCGAUAACGAAUAAAGCUAAUUAGGACACUAAUUUAACCAGAAUACUAGACAUUUUUAUCACAAGAGAGAAGUCCAAGUGUGAAAUUAAAGUAAAAUGACAAAAGAAGAAUGUAACUGCUGACCUCCAAAUAAAUCUGUUUGACAUAUGUGGAAAGUGAACUGGUGAACAUAGCGUCCUUUCCCAAUUGAUUUAUUGAUUGCCCGUCGGCUCGAUUUAGGUCAGACCUAACACACAUUGACUGAACAAGGUUCAGUUUUUUUCUUUUACAAUCUGACCAGUCGGACACACAAAACUCCUUUCAAGAGUGGAUAUUCAAAUGUUGUUCAUUCUCAUGACGCAUAUGGCCUGCCUGAAUCUGUGGAAUGCAACGUCUCUGAGUGAGGAGGAUGCUAAGCCCAACAGAACACAGAGGUGUGUGCAGCCUAAUAUCUUCAGUGAUGUCUGGAACAGAGUCUCAUACAGACAGAGAGGAGGACUACAGGUUCCUCCACAGCAUGUUGAUGGAGAAGAAGCUUCAUCUGCUCUUCAAGAUCCACGAGCGGCUGAAGCGCUUUGAGAAGCGCAGCCCCGUCCCCGUCCAAGAUCACGCAGCGGGUCUGGCCUCACAUUUGGCGGAGGAGCUGAUAUGCCAAUGCGGGAUGGACAAAGUCAAAGAACUAGUUGCCCUCGUUUCCAAACCCAACUUUAAGAGCCUCCUGUCUGUCCAUGACGCUGUAGCUCAGAGAGACUUUGAGCCUAGUCUGCCACCAAUAACCGAUGACGCUUUGGAGGAUGACGAGGAUUCGGUCAAAAUUGUCAGUCUGGUCAAAACCAAAGACCCUCUGGGGGCAACAAUUAGGAGGGAUAGAGCCACUGGCGCUAUUGUUGUGGCGAGGAUCAUGCGAGGAGGUGCAGCUGAUAAAAGCGGCCUGAUCCACGAAGGAGAUGAGCUAAAAGAAGUGAAUGGAGUCUCACUGGAGCACAUGAAGCCAAAGGAAAUCCUUCCUCUUCUGACUCGUUCUCAAGGUGAAGUUACAUUCAAAAUAGUUCCUGACUUCACCAGAGAAGAAAUAUCAUCCACUAAGAAGCUGUUUGUGCGGGCUCUGUUUGACUACGACCCCAACGACGACCCCGCCGUUCCCUGCAAGGACGCAGCGGUGGCCUUCAGAAGAGGGGACGUCCUGCGGGUCGUCAGCAUGGAGGACGACACCUGGUGGCAGGCGUGUCGCCUCGGCGACGGCAGCACUCGGGCGGGGCUCAUCCCCUCGCAGCAGCUCCACGAGAGGAGAGUCGCCCUGCAGCGGCCCAAAGCCCUGUUCACGCCUCAACGAGUCAGGCCACCGCCGCCAGUCAUUGAGGACGUAGACUACAGAGCGAUAACAGGGAUCAACAUUGCUGGUUUAAGAAGGAGUUUCCGACUGGGGAGAAUGAGCGGCUGGGCCGGGGAAGCGGCUCGGUCCAAGAGGUGGAGCACGGGGCUCCACAGCUCCAUCCGUCCUCCCACCUACAAAGAAGUGAUCCCCUACCACAGAGACCCCAAAGACCGACACCGUCUGGUUGUUCUGGUUGGGCCCGGCGGCGUCGGCGUCAAUGAACUGAAGAGGAGGCUCCUGAUCUCCGACCCCGACCUCUUCGGCGUCACCGUGCCGUACACCACGCGCGAGAGGAGCGGGCGGGAGGCCGAAGGGGUGGAUUAUCACUUUGUGUCCGCUCACAUGUUCGAAGAGGACAUUCUCAAUCACAGGUUUGUGGAAUAUGGGAGGUACAAAGGACACUACUAUGGGACAAGUCUAGACUCGGUGCACAGGGUAAUGGCGGAGGGCAAGGUGUGCCUUCUGGACGUGCACCCCAGUAAAAUAAAACAUGUGUACACAUCUGAAUUCAAACCUUACGUGGUGUUCGUGAAGCCGCCAUCUAUAGAAGAACUACGCAUCACCAGAAGGAGAGCGAAAUUCAUCUGUGACGAGGAGGAGCAGAACUCAGCCCGGAUCUUUUCAGAGGAGGAUUUUGAAGACAUGAUUAACUCUGCUGAAACCAUAGAAAGUCAGUGUGGUCACUUGUUUGACAAGGAGAUCGUUAACGGGGAUCUAGCUGUGGCUUUUAGAGAGCUGAAGGUGGACCUCGAGAAUUUGAAAGAGGCAAAGGUCCAGUGGAUUCCUGCAAAGUGGAUUUGCUCUUUACCAACAAAAGCAUUGAGAAGUUUUGGUCAUUUGGAUGGCUGGAUUUAAACUUCGAAAGAAUACAAUAUUUAUGUUUAAAUGGUUUCUAGUUAGAAUUCAUCACCUUGAACCAUUUCAUUUUUGUCAUAUUUCAAAUAUUUGUCCUGAUUUGUGAUGACAACAGUUUUCCACAGUGUCUCAUAGUGUGUAUCCAAUUGGGCAAACAGAAUCCAUCUCUCUCUCCCUCCGUCUGUCCAAGAGCCAGUUUUCCUGUUGGCAUUUGUCUGAAAAAAAACGUCGGCUUGCAGGGCUGAGAAGUAGAAAAUAAAGGAAACUGUCCAGAGAACCUCUACUUGUGGCUCAGUGUAAUCCCUCCCUGCCAAAUCGCAAACAUCAGCAUGUAAUUACUCUGACAGCUGCCGCACUUAAAUUAACUGUAAUGUACACCAGAGAAAUAUUAUUAGUAGCAGCAGUCGGGAAAGCCUUUUUCCAAAAUGCUGUUCAAAACAGUGACACAAACAAGAUAACAGUCAAUCUGAAACUGUUGAUGAUGAAGAAAUGCCUGUAUAAAAUGUAAAGAAGCCUUUUAUUGACAGUCAUUUUGAAUAAUUGCAGAGUCACCGUUAGAGACACUCCAUUAAUACAUGCUCAUGUUUGAGCCUGUUGGAUACACAUUCAAAUGUUUUCCUUCUUUUGCUUAAUCCAAUUUCUUUUUUUUUUUAAUGGCUGCAUUCCUCCAUAUUCAUGGUGUUUCCCCCCCCCCCCCCCCCUUUUUGGAUGCUGUGCUCAAUUGGGUGUGAAGGGGUGUUAAUGUGUCUGUCAUGUCGUGUUUGUGAGAAAGCGGGAGCGGAGGGACGUGUGCAGACGGUAACGGCUUUCUAGGGACUCGGGCCUUCGCAGACGUACGCAGGGAAAGUAACGAGCGCACAUAAAAGCCUACUGUAAAAGCAUGGCGAGCCUUUAUGAAUUGUGAAUUAGGCUCCGGGGAUGCAGAGCCUGCCAGUUGGUUCCAAGUAUUUAUUUAAGUCGAGCCAGCUUUUUUGUCAGUGUCUCAAAUGGAUGGGUAGACCUUGUGCACAUCGGUGUUGUGUCCACGUGUCGCAGGGGCCCCCAAAGGAAAACGGGCAGACUCCUCGGCUCGUCCCCGGGCCUCAGGCAAAGCGGAGCGGUGGAACUUCAACACAUCGCGGAGGAUCUGCAGAUCAUGAGAUCAUCACACCGUGCCAUUUAAGUGCCAUUGGAGUGAUCCAAUGAAAACCUGCCGUUUUUUCGCCCACCGCGGCUCCCGCUCGAAACAUUACGCAGAAGUAUGAUGUCAAUUGGUCUCGGAUAAUUAAGCCCAAUCAUCUAACUGUCUAUUGAAAACGUGUUGAAAAUAAAAAUGACUGACUUAAACAA